AUGUUAAAAGUUUUGAAAGCAAUGAAUUUAAUUUUACAAAGCAUUAGAAUCAAUUAUGAAUUAACUAAAUAUACUUCUAUUGUUCAGAACACUUUACAUACUUUAAAAUAUAACUGUAACUUUGAUGAUUCAACUAGCGAUACUGAUGAUAAUGACGAAGCAGCUCAAUUUGAAAACCCGUCUAAUGAUUUUUAA